UCCUCGCGAUGUUGCGCCAGUGGGGUUAGAAGAGUGAUAGCUUUAGAAAGCUCGAUAGCGUAACUAUUUAUGUUGAUGAUGGUAGGCUACUGUAUACAUCUUGGGAACCCUGUCUCAUGCUUUUGUUUUCAUUCCAGCUGAGAACCUCGAUACAUUAGGGUCCGUUCGUAAAUGCACAGCGUUUCGCUCUCAGGAUUGAUCUGAGCGUUCUGACCUCACAACGGCAGUCAAGCGCCCAAUCUAACUGGCUAAAGUUGACUAGUUUGCUAGCUACUUCUAGACACAAAUGAGAACACCUCACUGACCAUUUUACUUGCCCUAUCAGAGCUAGUUAGGCUGUUUUCAUGCUAUCAAUCGCGUUAGUGACUAUCUGACUAGCUGCUAGCAACAUUUGAUUUCCAUUUUUUUGCAAACAUUUAUUGGGACCUGUCAUAUUCAACGGUGUUGCGCGUUCGUAAAUUCAUGAGUUAUUCUGCACUCUGGCACACUCAAACGAGAGUGCUUUGAAAUCGGAGUAGAUAGACAAAAUUCAUUUACGAACUCACCCUAAAUCGACAUUAUUGAUUGGACGAUUAGGACCAAUGGGAGUAGAGAACGAGAUGUGACGAGUUGACUUUAGUGUUUCGUUCCUUUUUGUUGCGCGAACGGUGCUGAGGCAGGCAGUGAAGAAGGCGCGACCACACCACUUUGUAAGCAUUUGAAGGCAUAGCAACCUUCAGUACUCUGCUGAAAUGGCAUCCUCUGGAGAGAUCCUGAUCAAGGAGUUGGACAAGCGUGCUUCAGGUCAAGCAUUUGAGGUAAUCUUGGCCCCCGAUGCCAAGGGUGAAAUCCCCCUACCUCCCCCGAAGGAGAAGAAGGAGAUGUCCCUGGAGGAGAUUCAGAAGAAACUGGAGGCUGCAGAGGAGAGACGCAAGAGUCAUGAGGCAGAGGUGCUGAAGCACUUAGCUGAGAAGAGAGAGCACGAGAAGGAAGUUCUGAAGAAAGCCAUGGAAGAGAACAACAACUUCAGCAAGACGGCAGAGGAGAAGCUCAAUCAGAAGAUGGAAGCCAACAAAGAGAAUCGCACGGCACGAAUGGCAGCACUCAAUGAGAAAUUCAAGGAGAAGGAUAAGAAGCUUGAGGAGGUACGAAAGGCAAAGGAAACAAAACCAGAGGGGGAGAACUGAUUUUCUUUUGUAAUAUUUAAAAAAAAACUUGUGCAAAGAUAUCUUUUUGUUCUGUUCAAUGACAGUAUUAUAUUUGUCAUUGUUAUAGUUUUAUUCACCUUGUUAGGAUUAGUUAGGCUGUCCAUUGUUGCUUUUGUUGUGGAUGUGUAAGUAUUUCUUCCCCCACCUCCGGUAGAUUUGUGUAUUGCAGUUUAUGACCUUUGAAAUAAGCAGCGUUUUUACCUAUAAGGAAGCAUGCCACUGUUACGCAUUGGUCCUUAUCAUUGUGAUUUGCAUAAUGUAAGUAAAUCCUUGUACCUUGUAAAACUGCGUUUAUCUGAUCUUAAUAAAGUUGCAAUUGUUCUUUAAAACC